GGAUCCCUACAAGGGCCAGUCAGUGGACCAGUGUGUGUCCACUCUGGGUCCAACUGAACUGGUUUACCAACUGAACUGAACCACUUGCCGAAGCAGUCACGUGGUACAGCCGGGCAGCGAGGCUUCGGAUCCACAAACUGCUGAUUGAGAUGGCGCCAGUGUGUGUGGCCUGCCGUCUGCCGAUGUUGUGUGUUUUUGUACUGUUUCUGUCUUUUUUGAUGCAAAACGUCAACUCUCUGCUGGUGUAUAAUCGCCAAACACUGCUGGACCUCCGAUUCUCUGCCGCUAAUCCGGCAAGGACUACUCGUGGUGGAGAUGGAACGUUGCCUCCGUUUUUAUCGGGGGGACUGGUUUACCUGUGCCGCACCCCGGCUCCACCUACACGCUGUAAACGCCACCGCCGCCGGGGAAAACGCAGUGGUCGACUGGUGAGAAUGAGGGCUUCUUCAGCUCCUCGUCUCCCUUUUCCGAGGCGUUUCCUGGACCCUGUCGACGCCUGGCUGGUACCUGCCGUCGACCCGGAUGUGGCUUUCCUGCACCGCGGGACCUGCUCCUCUCGUCCCCGCUGCCGCGGAGUUAAUCCGCAUAACCUGAGGUCUCUGUGUCGGGCUCCCCGGACCUCUAACGCCGCCAAUCUGCCAGCCCCUACCAGGUUUGGCCUGGUCAACGCAAGAUCGCUGACUAAUAAGACUUUUGUCCUAAAGGAUUUCUUCACGUCCAAGGGCUUGGACUUCCUCUUCGUGACUGAGACAUGGCUCAGUAUUGGUGCUGAAGGCGUGUGUGUGUGUGUGUGCCAAUCAGCUCUAAUGGUAGCAGCUAGAAGACAUCACCUGUGAGAGGGUUGAACCACCUCACCAUGACACAGGUCCAGACUUCAUGGACACAGGGCACAGAGUGUGUGGCCAGGUAUAACUUCAAAGGCACAUCAGAGCAGGACCUGCCCUUCAAUAAAGGAGAUGUGUUGACCAUUGUUAUUGUCACAAAGGAUCCAAACUGGUACAAAGCAAAAAAUUUCGCAGGUCGCGAGGGAACAAUUCCAGCCAACUAUGUUCAGAAAAGAGAAGGAGUGAAAUCUGGAGGGAAGCUGAGUCUAAUGCCAUGGUUUCAUGGGAAGAUCACGCGGGAUCAGGCAGAGCUGUUGCUUCACCCUCCUGAAACCGGCCUGUUCUUGGUGCGAGAGAGCACCAACUUUCCCGGCGACUACACCCUGUGUGUGAGCUGCGACGGUAAAGUGGAGCACUACCGCAUCAUCUACACCAACGGCAAGCUGAGUAUCGAUGACGAGGGGUACUUUGAUAACCUCAUGCAGCUGGUCGAGCACUACACCAAAGAUGCAGAUGGCCUGUGCACCAAUCUAAUAAAGCCAAAAGUGGAGGAGGGGUCGGUGGCCGCUCAGGAUGAGUUUUCCAGGGGUGGCUGGUCGAUGAGCAGGAAAGACCUCAAGCUGCAGCAGAUUAUUGGGAAAGGAGAGUUUGGAGAUGUCAUGGUGGGAGACUAUAGAGGGACCAAAGUAGCUGUGAAGUGCAUAAAACAUGACGCCACAGCGCAGGCCUUUAUUGCAGAGGCUUCCGUCAUGACGCAACUGCGGCACGAUAACCUGGUGCAGCUGCUUGGAGUGAUUGUGGAGGAGAACGGGAGUCUGUUUAUAGUGACUGAGUACAUGGCCAAGGGCUGUUUGGUUGACUACUUACGUUCCAGAGGCCGGACAGUACUUGGUGGAGAUGCUCUCCUGAAUUUUGCACUAGAUGUCUGUGAGGCCAUGGAGUACCUGGAAAUAAAUAACUUCAUCCACCGAGACUUAGCAGCCCGCAAUGUUCUCGUAUCAGAAGACAACAUGGCCAAAGUCAGUGACUUCGGUCUGACCAAGGAGGCCUCUUCCAUUCAGGACACGGCUAAGCUGCCUGUGAAGUGGACAUCGCCAGAGGCCCUCAGAGAAAAGAAAUUUUCCACCAAAUCAGAUGUUUGGAGCUACGGUAUUUUGCUUUGGGAGAUUUACUCUUUUGGCCGAGUGCCUUACCCGAGAAUUCCAUUAAAGGAAGUUGUGCCUCGAGUGGAGAAGGGUUACAAAAUGGACUGUCCAGAAGGCUGUCCUGAAGUGGUGUACAACAUCAUGAAACAGUGCUGGAACCUGGAUCCUGCUGCCCGACCAAGCUUUCAAAUGUUGAAGGAGUGGCUCCAACAUAUCAACCAAGGGAUGGUAAAAAAACAAUGAGACUUCUCACAGAACAGACAGGAAAAGUGACUUUGCUAUUCUUUCAUUUUGACCACCUGGACCAUAACCUAAGAGGAAAAAAUAAUUUCAAAAGACUGCUCUUCCAAAGUUCAUGACGAAGUUUGCUUUCACACAUUGUCCCUGAACCGUUAAGCAAAACUGUCGAUAUUAUGCUCCUCAGCAUGACCCCUCACCUCGAGUGAGUCUUUCCGGCUCGGUUACCGGCGAGUCUGUCCUUUGAACACACCGCUGCCUCCCAGCCACAGUGCCUUGACCUUUUUUAGAAAUAUUUCAUGUCUUUUAUGUUGAUAUCCUUGGCCAUUUUGGUGGCAUCAUUACAUUUCUUGAACAUGUAGAGUAGCCCGUGACAUAAUUUGACUGAGUUAACUGAAUCCAUGGUAUCAGUUUAAACAGGAAAGAUGCUUAAAAUUUAGGAAUACAGUUGUGAUACAUCAUGUAUCACUGUAUUAUUUGUACAGCUUAAAAUAACUUUGAUUAUAAAGCUCUUUUUUUUUCAUUGCCAUAUGAUUUGAAAUGUGUUUGGAUCCCUUCAUAAGUCAAAAAAGGAAGCAGAAGUUGUCAUCUUUUCUACUGAUAUAAUAACACCAUUCAUCUCAGUCAGGAUCAUCACAUAAAUUCCCAUGUACAGAAUGUUCCCUCUAAAUAUAAACAAAUGUUUUUAUUUUUUGAAUCUUUGGAUUUAACCAAAUGUUCUGGAUUUUCUAUGUAACGAGAAACUGAGUGUUAAUAAUUUUUACUGUGCUUCCAUUUUCAACAAUAAAGAAUAAGAAUACAUCUUGAAAA